AUGGACCCAAUGGACAGAUUUUGUAUUCUAUCAUAUGAUGAAAUGCAGAUCAGUGAACAACUUGAUUUUGAUAAAAACGUUGGUAAGUUUGUUGGUUAUGCAACUUUGGGUAAUAAUUUGAAUAGUCUUAGAGAAAAAAAUGUAUGUGGUCAUGCUUCGAGGAUUGAAAAACAGUUGGAAACAAGUGGUAGCAUGUGUAUGGACGUCUCCACAACCGAGUUUGUUCUGCGUGCUUUAGAAGGAAGCAAGAGGAGCGUUAUCAUAGCAUACAACGAAUUAAAAAGUGAACUUAAGAAAAUCGCCAAAAAGGAAGAGGAAAACAAGGCGAACGGGGAGGCAUCCAACGUCGGCGGCAAAGAUUCACCCUUGGCCGACAACCUGGCCACGGAGUUCAGCUCGCUGAGAUCCGAGGUGGGUGAGCUCAGCAAAGCGGUUAGGCAACUUGUCGACAGGAAGCCGGAGGGGCAUACAGGCACUACGAAACGGACUCAGGGACGACAACAGCUGGCGGAGGACUCGGAGGAGGCAUUGGUCACCGCGGCCGCGUGGACUGAGGUAGUGAAGAAGAAGACGGCGAGAAAGAAAAACUUCCAAACGCAAGGGGAGCAAUCAAAUGAUGCGAAAGGCAGGGAGAACACGACUAAGGCCAACCCGCGAGUUCGCGCGCGCCCACAGGCAAUUAUUGUGGAUGUCAACUCAGCUGAUUUUCCGGCGCUAGCCACGAAGAUUCGUGGCGGCGUCAACCGCGAAGUAAUUGGUGAUAGCAUUACUGGCAUGAGGCAGGCGAAGUCAGGCGCCUUACUCAUCGAAGUCCGCGGCGACACAGCGCAGUUCGAGGCGGUGCGUGCAGAGAUCUCCCGCUCUGCGGGCUCCGAGGUGGAAGUGCGCAUGCUCCAGCAGAGAGUCAUGGUCGAAGUCAGGGACCUCGAUCAGUGGUCAACUGCUGAAGAGGUGGCUGAAGCCGCGGCCUCCGUCACCGGCGUUCCAUCGGAGCAACUCAAAGUCUUCGGUCUUCGGAAAAGAUACGGGGGCUCCCAGUCGGUGUUGGUAUCGCUACCGGUCGGACCGUCACGCGAGCUACUCAAUUCUGGGCGGCUCCGCGUUGGCAUGAUCAGCUGCCGAGUCAGGCUCGCUGACCAGAAGCAAAGAUGUUUCCGCUGUUUUUGUUCCGGCCACACAGCGAAGGAGUGUUCCGGCCCGGACAGAACGCAAUGCUGCAGACGCUGCGGUGAGUCAGGUCACAAGGUAGCUGCCUGCAACGCGUUGGAAUCCGCAGUUAGUGCUUUUGCCAGGUCCCUGGCGGUGGAAGCUCCAGCCCGGAAAUGA